CGCCCAUCAUUCGGUCGUUCUCGAUGGUGCCGCUGACGAUUUGAUUUUCGUCCCUCUCGUUCUCCGUGUUGUUGUUCUCCGUGACGCGACGGAGGUGUAGCCUGACGCGGUCUCUUACGUGUCGGCCUGAAUAAAAGUGGAGCUCCGAGGGCCCGGGAGUGACGGAGGGAGUCUGUAUCGCUAAGUCGAUGACCAUGGAGUCGGGAGCAGAGGUUCAUCAGGGAGGAGACACAGCAGUGUCAGAGACAGACAGCCAACAGAUCUCCCAGGCACAGAUAGCAACGCUGGCACAGCAGGAUUAUGUUUAUGCUUUGCAGGUUUCCAUGGCAGCAGGUCACGCCACGUCCAGCGGUCCUACGGUCACCCUGGUGCAGCUGCCCAACGGUCAGACGGUCCAGGUUCACGGGGUCAUCCAGGCCGCUCAGCCCUCUGUCAUACAGUCACCACAGGUCCAGACUGUUCAGAUCUCCACCCUAGCAGAGAGUGAAGACUCCCAGGAGUCAGUGGACAGUGUGACUGACUCUCAGAAACGCAGAGAGAUCCUCUCACGACGCCCCUCAUAUAGGAAGAUCCUGAAUGACCUGUCGUCAGGUGACACCCCAGGGGUUCCCAGGAUCGAGGAAGAGAAGUCGGAGGAGGACACAGCGCCCGCCAUCACCACGGUUACCAUGCCCACAUCAUGCCCCAUCUACCAGACCAGCAGUGGCCAGUACAUCGCCAUCACCCAGGGCGGUGCGAUCCAGCUGGCCAAUAACGGAACAGACGGGAUCCAGGGACUGCAGACCCUGACUAUGACCAAUGCUGCAGCCACCCAGCAGGGCACCACCAUCCUGCAGUACGCUCAGACCUCGGACGGCCAGCAGAUCCUGGUGCCCAGCAACCAGGUGGUAGUGCAAGCUGCGUCAGGAGAUGUGCAGGCCUACCAGAUACGCACGGCCCCCACUAGCACCAUUGCCCCUGGGGUGGUCAUGGCCUCCUCCCCUGCCCUGUCUGGCCAGGGGGGCCCAGAGGUAGAAGUCACCCGCAAGAGAGAGGUUAGACUCAUGAAGAACAGAGAGGCGGCCCGCGAGUGUCGCAGGAAGAAGAAGGAGUAUGUCAAGUGUCUGGAAAACCGCGUGGCCGUGCUGGAGAACCAAAACAAAACCCUCAUAGAGGAACUGAAAGCACUUAAAGACCUGUACUGCCAUAAAUCUGAGUAGCUCCAAAAUACCCCAUAAUAGUCCAACUGUCCUAUUCAGCGGGCAUCAGACUGCCUACAGACUUGUACAGAGACUCUGCCAAGCAAUGGCCUACGUGUAUGACCCAUGACAUCUGAAGCAAGAGGAUGUGAGAGAGAAGACAGAAUGAAAAUGGAUUGAUGGACAGGAGAUUAGUGAUGGACAGUGCUUUGUGGGAAUUGUAGUUUUGUAGUAAACACGACCACUCCAGCCCAUACGUCCCCCAAUCUCCCAUCCACCAAUCCAUUUUCACCCUGUCUUCUCUCUCACAUCCUCUUGCUUCCACUCCUUCUUCUCCCGCUCACUUGUUAUCCACCUUUUCAUCUUUCUUCUCCUCUCCCAACUUCUCUCAAUAUUAUCCCACCGCAGAACUGAAAGGAUGAGGAUUCAUUCGUCAGUUGUGGUUCCAGGGAUAAUGUGGUGAAACAUAACACUAACUCUUUUACACUAUUCAAUUGUCUUGUUUGGGGUUUGUUUACUGGGAAGUCACAGACGUCCAACAUCGUUACAGUAAUUUUUUUAUAACCCGAAGCCUCUUAAGUCUUCACUAACAAUGGUUAGCCAAUCUAACAAGAGGGUUAGUGUCUGAAUGUCCAAGAGGAAGUCAAGACAAGGAAGUCAAGGUAGCCUCCAGAACCCUGGCAUUGGAGUCAGUUAAGACAUAUUAGAUUGCUCUGGGCCCGGUUUCCCAAAAGCAUCUUAAGGCUAAGUUCAUCGUUAGAACCUUCGUAGGAGCAUUGUUAAAUCU